GCUAAACUGUUAUACCAAAAUUCAUUUCUAAUACCCAAUAUAUACUUAUUUUUCACUUCAAAUUGAGGUCAUGUAAAACUUCAUAAACUGAGUUAUAAUCAUUGUUCCACCUCCAAAAUCCAUCAUUGUGCAAAUGUUGCCUAUAAACAGCAAAUACAAUGAUGUUUAGAGUAAUUUUCCAAACAAAGUUUUCGAUAAUAGGAAGUUUAAAGGACGUCAUCAAACAUAAUUUCUUUUGGCAAAAUUUGACCUUUAGUUGGAAAAUGUUUUGAAAAAUAACAAACACACCUAAUUUCUUCAUUAAAAAAAGUUCUCGUUGAGAGAGAGAUUUAGAUGGAGGGGCGGGGAGGUUAGGGUGAGUUUAAUUACUUUAGCUGGCCAUUAAUUUCACUCACCUGCAGUUCCGUCAAGCUGUUCCCAAGUCCUGCCACAAAACAGGAUAACUCCUUCGAAUUCCAAGGGUAAACACAACCCAUUUCCUCUUCUCCUCAACAGACCUUGGUUUCCAUUUUCCAGUUCCCAUUCCCAAUCUCUUUCCCUGCCCACAAUUUCUUCUCUCUUCAUCUGCUCCAAAGAUUGCUACUUUCAGUUCUGGGCUUUCCUUAUCACGGUACGUUUGGUAGCCAAAUGGAAUUGCCAACUUUCUUUGCUAGGUAUUGAAUUUGCUUCAGUUUGUGUGGUCGAAUGGGGUAAUGGGUUUCUGUUGUUAGUUAAGCGAUCGCUGUUAGCAUCGUUUUGUAUAUGUAAAGUAUUCGAUGUUUCUGAUGCAUUUGCCUAAGAAGAAUCGAGGUUUUAUCUGAGAUUGAGAAUUAAAAGUCGAAAGACACGAACUUGGAAGCUGGCUGGAUUAGGGUUGUUGUUUCUAUCACUAGACAUGGAUGAGAUCGGAGGAGGGUCUUCUGAAUCUGUGUCUGCAAUGGCUAGUCCUAGAUCGGUACUAACCUAUGAGUAUCGUGAUGAAGGUUGUUGCCCCAGGCAAGUUUCACCGAUUAGGAUAUGUGAAUCGAGGAAUACUAGCCCCAUGGGUCGUGUAGGGCCAAGGAAUACGAGCCCUUCGAGGCAAAAAGUAGUGAAGACCAAACCUCGCGGUUUGGAUGAAGAGACGGCUUCUACAUUUGGGAAAUCUGUUCAUUGUGAUGUUCAGAUGGAGGACAACAUAUGGGCAAUGUUGCCUGAGGAUCUUUUGAAUGAGAUUCUAGCUAGAGUUCCCCCAUUCAUGAUCUUUCGCCUUCGUUCGGUUUGCAAACGUUGGAAUUUAAUUCUUCAAGACAAUAGCUUUCUUAAAUUCCACUCCCAGGUGCCUUCUCAUGGUCCUUGUCUUCUGACAUUUUGGAAGAACUCUCAGACUCCACAGUGUUCUGUUUUCAGUUUGCCUUUGAAAACCUGGUAUCGAGUUCCGUUCACAUUUCUGCCACAGUGGGCAUUUUGGUUGGUUGGUUCUUCUGGUGGGCUCGUUUGCUUCUCAGGGCUGGAUGGAUUAGCUUUCAAAACUCUGGUCUGUAAUCCACUGACACAAACCUGGAGGACCCUGCCUAGCAUGCAUUAUAAUCACCAAAGGCAGUUGAUAUUGGUUGUGGAUCGUUCAGUUAGGUCCUUCAAAGUUAUAGCUACCAGUGAUAUCUAUGGUGAUAAAUCUUUGCCAACUGAAGUUUAUGAUUCGAAGAUGGAUAGAUGGUUGGUUCACCAGAUAAUGCCUACAAUUAAUCUAUGUUCUUCAAAGAUGGCAUAUUGUGACUCUAGAUUGUAUCUCGAGACUCUUUCUCCUCUCGGUUUGAUGAUGUAUAGUCUUGACACAGGUUAUUGGGAGCAUAUUCCUGCUAAGUUUCCACGCUCUCUGUUGGAUGGAUACUUAGUGGCUGGCACUCAACAGCGAUUGUUUUUGGUUGGAAGAAUCGGCCUUUAUAGCACUCUUCAGAGUAUGAGAAUUUGGGAGUUGGAUCACACCAAAAACACGUGGGUAGAAAUUAGUAGAAUGCCACCAAAGUAUUUCAGGGCACUGCUAAGGUUAUCAGCUGAGAGAUUUGAGUGCUUCGGUCAGGAUAAUUUGAUUUGUUUCACAUCAUGGAACCAAGGGAAGAGUCUGUUGUAUGAUGUGGAUAAGAAGGUUUGGUCGUGGAUUGCUGGAUGUGCUCUUCAGUCAUAUAACAGCCAGGUGUGCUUUUAUGAGCCUAGAUUUGAUGCUUCAAUCUAUUGAGGUGGGAAGUUUUUAUCUGCAGUUGUAUACUCAUUGAAUCGGUCAUUGUGAUUUUUAAAAGAUGGUCUUUGUUUGUGAUCGAACUUUAUAUACUGCAGUGCAACACACCUAGUGAUUGAAUCAACGUUGGCACGAGCCACUUUUGGUGUAACCCUAGAUGCAGAUUAAUUUAAGCAAAAACAUGAUACUGAUGACAUUUUUCUGUGUGAGCUGCAAUGGGUGACAUCUUUUUUUGUGUGUGAUUAAGCACAGUUAAGUGCUAUGUACAUUGAUGAGUUCUGUGGUAGUGGGACACUGUUUGGCUUUACAUGGAUGAACGUUGAUGCGCAGAGCCAAACUGUAGACAGAAUUAUACUAUAUUAAGGUUAUUAUGAUCAUUACUUUAUUUGUUGCCUUUGCUAUGCCCUGACUUUCUACACUCUGAAUGAUGCCUUCACUGGUUUACUUUCGUGCUUUUAGUUUCUUGCGAUUAGUGGCUUUCGGUGUUGGACUUCUCGGUAUUCUAUGCCAGGUUUUCAGUAUCCAUCUCUUUUCAACGAUGGCUAUCUAGGUUUCACGUAUAUCGUUCUUCUAGACAAUUUGAUGCUUACAUUAUCCUUACAACAUUAGGCGACCCGAUGGUUGAGUGCAUUUCUCAGGAUACUGCUGUUCCCGUUUGUUUCUAGCUUUUGCAUUUGUAGAUCUCGCCUCACUAUGAGUACUGAUCAUAAUCAUCAUAGAUGAACAGUUUCCCGUUGCUUGCUUUUGAUGUCUAUACUGCAAGAACAACGACUCGAUGGUUUACUUUCUCCAUAAGCAAGGUGCCCACAACUUUCUUCACGAUUGAUAAAGUUAAAAUCUUUUUCCAAUCGGAGAGAGGUUGGGUUGGUCGUUUUGAGUCAGGAGUCGUGUUGGAUGGAAGGGUUAUGGUCUGGUGAAUACUUGCUGCUACCUCUUGUCAGCUUUAGUGAAGAUUAAACAAAUUCAAUAAUGAACGUACAUCAAUCAG